CAGUUUGUGCUGAACCUGGCGCGGCGCUGCGGUUCCGGGGGCAGAAGCUCUGUCGUAGCCGCGCGAGAAGGAUCUUUACUGCAGAUUUUCUGAAGAUAAUAAACCAAGGCCGCAAAGAUGGUGGUCACGUCACGACUGCUCGCCGCACACACCUACGGAUACCCUCUGGAUGUGAGGUCGCGCUUCUGGAGUAACUACUACAGAUCCUUGAAAGGUUUAUCUCCCUUGGAAUCUUAUUCGGAUGGCAGAUGUUCAAUCCGAAGAGUACCGACCCCGCGCCUCCGAGACGUAUCCCAUCCGUGGUGGUAUGACAUACCAUCCCUCAGGCCUGGCCACGUACCCCCAGAGUUCAUACCCGCUCAGUGCAAGUACGACGUCGCCCUACGGCCUUCCUUCCUAUCACCCGUAAAGAAAAGCUACGUCUGGUAUGGACACCCGAAAAGACCGAGAUGUCUCAAGUGAGUUACCGAAGAAGACGUAAGAACACAGCAGGGGGUUCGAUCGACGGUCUGGAGAACAGUCAUUGCGAAUAAUGCAUCGCAAUUGCCUACUUAAGUAAUUAAAUAAAGCAAAAUAUCCUUCUACACUUAUUUUUGGCGCAAUGAACCUUGCGUUAACGACGUUGUAAACACUUAGUCCUUACCCAUGCAUAAUUCGAAUGAUAGUUUGGGGUUACAUUGGAUGAGAUCUUUUGGUUCUUUUAGAAACCCUUAAACUAUUUGUAUUUGCCCUAUGUUAAUCGUUGCAACGUUGUGUUUUAAUAAUACCUCGAUAGCGGAAUGAAAAUUUACGUAAUAUAAUGAAAAAUUGGCACCAGGAAAUACCCAGAAAGUCAAUUGUAGGUUUGUGAUUUAGAUAUUUGGGAGACUGGAAAGUCCAUUCAACAUGCAUGCUUUGCCUAUUUCAGACCGUCCUGAUACAAUUUUUAUAACCAAAUAUUAAUAGUUUUUAUUUUAAGCCGAAAGGAUAUUUGCAUACAAAGGGCUUAAAUUUUUCCUCAUAAUAAAUAAAAUAUGGUAGUAAAUAAAAUUCGUGUCUUUAUUCGACUUUUUCAUCAGAAGGUAAACGCAGUGCAGUGCAAAACUUCCCAGCCAUUUUGCACAAUAGUAAUUUGUUAAAAAUAUUCGUUGAAGCGACACACGAACAGCUAAGGGGACGGGCUGCUCCUAUUUUCUCAAAGAAAAUCAAAUAAUGUAGUGA